UGAGGCCUGGCCCUGCUCCCCGCUGACCCUUCCCAGACCCGGGAUGUUGGAGGCUGGCCUGAGGAGCUGGCUGCUCUGGACCCUGCUCUUGCACUUGACCCAGAGCGAACCGUACACACCUAUCCACCAGGCCGGCUACUGUGCCUUCUAUGACGAAUGUGGGAAGAACCCAGAGCUGUCCGGAGGCCUCACAUCGCUGUCCAAUGUGUCCUGCCUGUCCAACACACCAGCCCGCAACAUCAUGGGCAGCCACCUGCUCCUAUUACAAAGAAUCUGCCCCAAGCUCUACAAUGGCCCCAGCACCCAAGCCUGCUGCUCUGCCAAGCAGCUGGUGUCGCUGGAGGCGAGCCUGUCUAUCACCAAGGCCCUCCUCACCCGCUGCCCAGCCUGCUCUGACAAUUUCGUGAAUCUGCACUGCCAUAACACCUGCAGCCCCAACCAGAGCCUGUUCAUCAACGUGACCCGCGUGGCCCAGAGAGAGGAAGGCCAGUCCCCCGCCGUGGUGGCCUAUGAGGCUUUCUACCAGCGCAGCUUUGCCGAGCAGACCUAUGAAUCCUGCAGCCGCGUGCGCAUCCCUGCGGCUGCCACACUGGCCGUGGGCACCAUGUGCGGCGUGUACGGCUCCACCCUUUGCAAUGCCCAGCGCUGGCUCAACUUCCAGGGAGACACGGGCAAUGGCCUGGCUCCACUGGACAUCACCUUCCACCUCUCAGAGCCUGACCAGGCCCUAGGGGGCGGGAUGCAGCCUUUGAACAAGGAGAUUGCACCAUGCAAUGAGACCCAAGGCAACAGUACAGUAGCCUGCUCCUGCCAGGACUGUGCUGCGUCCUGCCCUGCCAUAACCCAGCCCGAGGCCCUAGACCCUACCUUCUACCUGGGCCGGAUGCCAGGAGGGAUAGCCCUCGUGAUCAUCCUCAGCUCUGUCUUUGUCUUGCUUACCAUCCUCCUUGUGUACCUCCGCAAGGCCUCUGACAAGGACCAGUGCAAGAGGAAGGAUCCCAUGGCAGGCGACAGCCUCUCUGACAGGAUCAGCCUCUCCAGUCACACCCUCCUUGGUCAGUUCUUCCAGGGCUGGGGCACAUGGGUGGCCUCAUGGCCUCUGACCAUCCUGGUUCUGUCCAGUGUUGUGGUGGUGUCCUUGGCAGCGGGCCUCGUCUUCAUGGAGCUUACCACGGAUCCUGUGGAGCUGUGGUCAGCCCCCAGUAGCCAAGCCCGAAGAGAGAAGGCUUUCCAUGAUCAGCACUUCGGCCCCUUCUUCCGAACCAACCAGGUGAUUCUGACGGCUCCCAACCGGUCUAGCUACAGGUAUGACUCUCUGCUGUUGGGGUCCAAGAACUUCAGCGGGAUCCUGGCCCUGGACCUGCUGCUGGAGUUGCUGGAGCUGCAGGAGAGGCUGCGGCACCUCCAGGUGUGGUCGCCAGAGGCGCAGCGCAACAUUUCCCUGCAGGACAUCUGUUACGCCCCCCUCAGUCCAGACAAUGCCAGUCUCUCCGACUGCUGCAUCAAUAGCCUUCUGCAGUAUUUCCAGAGUAACCGCACACGCCUGCUGCUCACGGCCAACCAGACGCUGACAGGGCAGACCUCCCAGGUCGACUGGAGGGACCACUUUCUCUACUGUGCCAACGCCCCGCUCACCUUCAAAGAUGGCACGGCCCUGGCCCUGAGCUGUAUGGCUGACUAUGGGGCCCCGGUCUUCCCUUUCCUAGCUGUGGGUGGGUACAAAGGGAAGGACUAUUCUGAGGCAGAGGCUCUGAUCAUGACGUUCUCCCUCAACAAUUACCCUGCUGAGGACCCCCGUCUGGCCCAGGCCAAACUCUGGGAGGGAGCCUUCUUGGAGGAGAUGCGAGCCUUCCAACGUCGGACGGCUGGCAUGUUCCGGGUCACGUUCAUGGCCGAGCGGUCUCUGGAGGACGAGAUCAACCGCACCACAGCUGAGGACCUGCCCAUCUUUGCUGUCAGCUAUGUGGUCAUCUUCCUGUAUAUCUCCGUGGCCCUGGGCAGCUACUCCAGCUGGAGACGACUGGUGGUGGAUUCCAAAGCCACGCUGGGCCUGGGCGGGGUGGCCGUGGUCCUGGGAGCAGUCAUGGCUGCCAUGGGCUUCUUCUCCUACCUGCGUAUUCGCUCCUCCCUGGUCAUCCUCCAAGUGGUUCCUUUCCUGGUGCUGGCUGUGGGGGCUGACAACAUCUUCAUCUUUGUUCUUGAGUACCAGAGGCUGCCCCGGAGACCCGGGGAGACGCGGGAGGUCCACAUUGGCCGAGCCCUGGGCAAGGUGGCCCCCAGCAUGUUGCUAUGCAGCCUCUCUGAGGCCAUCUGCUUCUUCCUAGGGGCCUUGACUCCCAUGCCAGCUGUGCGGACCUUUGCCCUGACCUCUGGCCUUGCGGUGAUCUUUGACUUCCUGCUGCAGAUGUCAGCCUUUGUGGCCUUGCUCUCCCUGGACAGUAAGAGGCAGGAGGCCUCCCGACUGGACAUCUGCUGCUGCGUCCAGCCCCGGGAACUGCCCCCGCCAGGCCAGAGCAAGGGACUCUUGCUUGGCUUCUUCCGCAAGAUCUACGCCCCGCUUCUGCUGCACUGGUUCACCCGAGGGGUUGUGAUACUGCUGUUUCUGGCCCUGUUUGGAGCCAGUCUCUAUCUUAUGUGCCAAAUCAGCGUGGGCCUGGACCAGGAGCUGGCACUGCCCAAGGACUCGUACCUGCUUGACUACUUCCUUUUUCUGAACCGCUACUUUGAGGUGGGGGCCCCGGUGUAUUUUGUUACCACCUCGGGCUACAACUUCUCCAGUGAGGCCGGCAUGAAUGCCAUCUGCUCCAGCGCAGGUUGUGACAACUUCUCCUUCACCCAGAAGAUCCAGUAUGCCACCGAGUUCCCUGAGCAAUCUUACCUGGCCAUCCCUGCCUCCUCCUGGGUGGAUGACUUCAUUGACUGGCUCACCCCGUCCUCCUGCUGCCGCCUUUAUAUCCUUGGUCCCAAUAAGGGCGAGUUCUGCCCUUCAACUGUCAACUCUUUGAACUGCUUGAAGAACUGCAUGGACUACACGAUGGGCUCCGUGCGGCCCUCGGUGGAGCAGUUCCACAAGUAUCUCCCCUGGUUCCUGAGUGAUCCACCCAACAUAAAAUGUCCCAAAGGUGGCCUGGCAGCAUACAGCACCUCCGUGAACUUGAGUUCAGAUGGCCGGAUUUUAGCCUCCCGGUUCAUGGCCUACCACAAGCCCCUGAAGAACUCACAGGAUUACACAGAAGCCUUGCGGGCAGCUCGAAAACUGGCAGACAACAUCACUGCCGAACUGCGGAAGGUGCCCGGGACAGACCCAGCCUUUGAGGUCUUCCCCUACACGAUCACCAAUGUGUUUUAUGAGCAGUAUCUGACCGUGCUCCCUGAAGGGAUCUUCAUGCUCAGCCUCUGCCUCAUUCCCACUUUCGCCGUCUGCUGCCUCCUGCUGGGCAUGGACCUGCGCUCUGGCCUCCUCAACCUGUUCUCCAUCAUCAUGAUCCUCGUGGACACCAUCGGCUUCAUGGCCCUGUGGGACAUCAGUUACAAUGCCGUGUCCCUCAUCAAUCUGGUCACGGCCGUGGGCAUAUCUGUGGAGUUUGUGUCCCACAUCACCCGCUCCUUUGCCAUCAGCACCAAGCCCACCCGGCUGGAGAGGGCCAGAGAGGCCACCAUCUCUAUGGGCAGUGCGGUGUUCGCAGGCGUAGCCAUGACCAACCUACCUGGCAUCCUUGUCCUGGGCCUCGCUAAGGCCCAGCUCAUCCAGAUCUUCUUCUUCCGCCUCAACCUCCUGAUCACCCUUCUGGGCCUGCUGCAUGGCCUGGUCUUCCUGCCGGUCAUCCUCAGCUACCUGGGGCCUGAUGUCAACCCAGCCUUGGUGCUGGAGCAGAAGCGGGCUGAAGAGGCAGCGGAGGUCAGGGCAUCCUCCUGCCCGAAGCACCCCUCUCCGGAAGCCUGCACGACCAGCAAAAUCUAUGUCAACCAUGGCUUUGAAGGUCCUGUCAAGGGUGCUGGAGCCGUCAGCGACUUUUUGCCCAAUGACGGGCAGAAGUUCUGAUAGAGCCACAGAUCCUGUGCAGGCUCCAUGGCCCUGAACUGAGGGGCCAUAGGGUCUUUCCUGUGGCUGUUCUUUGAUCCAC